CACCACCACCACCACCACCACCACCACCACCCCUCACCCCUUUCCAACAGCCCAGGCCCGAAUCCAAGAUGUCUGGCUCUCGCCAAUGGGCCGUACCCUUCCCGCCAUACACACUAUAUUCUCACCUGUCAGAUAUCGCAUAUGAUGAAUAACGAAAACCGUGCACCCUAUCAUGACGACCGAGGACCACCAAUCACAACCCGCCCGGUGGCAUGCACCCCGCCCGCGCAUGGAUUGGGAACCACGCUCUUGCGGUGAUGGCGUUCGUGAUAUCAUAUCACGCCCGCCUCGUCCCCCCGCCUCGGUCAGAUGACCGGUAAAGCUGAGAGUCCCAUGGUGAGACAUCAUUGACGACACUACAUUGUGGCCAAGCAGGCUAGGGCUUGAGGCAGGGCUUUGAGAAACCGUCUCCUUGGGCGGCGCCGCCCCUUUUGUUCAAGAGUCUCUGUCAAGAUAAUCCACACCGUCCGCGGAGUACUCUGUCCUCCGCUAUGGGUCCCAUGCGGCUUCUGCUUUUUCCCAAACCUGCGCUCCCUGCACCAUACUCGACAGGGAAUCCGCACAAACUCGACGAAGAGAAGAAAAGAAAAGAAAGCCUGGCAUGCUACUGUCAUAUAGGAUGGAACAUUCCAAUUCUGCGUGCUUUAGUUAACACCCAAUCACAGUCCUCAGCAUCAAUGGAAGGUAUAACACCGUCAGGUAUUCACUCUGCGAUUAUUCACCUCACGGAUCUACCCAAAGUCAUGGAGCCGAGUAUUGACUCACUGCGCACUGCGGCUUUACUAGAUAAGCUAGGUUACCUCAUCGGCCGUUGGCCAUCUCUAAAGAACCCAUCAGCUCUGGAAUAUCGACGUGAAACUGCCACGCAGCGAAAAAUGACAAGAUACAGCACAGUCGCGGCAAAGACGGAGCCCUCCCUCUGGGACCAUUACACCCAUCAACUUACCCACUUCGACAGGUUUGUCUCCCUCCUCGGCAAGGACGGGCAACCCGCACGCUUCGAGACCGUGGAUAUUGCCGACCUCACGACCAUCCAGUUCUUGCCGGGGAAAACGGGCGCUAGAAUUGUCACGAAAAAGUCCUCCGGCGCGAGUCCGUCGGAGAAAUUCGUCUUCAAGGGCAUGGACUUUGACCGGUACAAGAAAGACAGCGCCGACUUUCGGCAACACCAAGAAACGACGCUCCUCCACGAGAUCCGCACGCUUCACGCCCUCCCAGCCCACCCGAACAUCAUGCCCUGCCCCCGGGCCCUCGUCGUCGUCCGGGAUGGGGACGGUCGGGACCGGAUAUGCGGCUUCCUGCAGCCCGCCAUGGACAAGGACUCGCUGGACGAGCAGGUCAUGCGCGCCAACCGGGCCGGCCGCCGCAUCCCAACGGCGCUCAAGGCCAAGUGGUGCUACCAGAUGGCCCUGGCCAUACGACACACACACCGGGACGCCGGCACCUUCCACAUGGACCUGAAGCCCGGCAACAUCCUCGUCGACGACUAUGACAACCUUCGCCUCAUCGACUGGGAACAGAGCGGCUUCUCCAUGUUCACGCACCCGCCUGAGGUCACCGUCGACCAGGAGGCCGAAGAACCGGCCGGGACCGGGACCGGGACCGCGCGGCCCCGGAUCCUUUACAAUCCGCGCACCGGUCCGCCACGCAAGAACCAGAAGUGGGGCUUCCCGGACUGGAACGUCCUGCCGGAGUGGAAGGCGACGUGCCCGCGCGCCGCCGAGCUCGCCGAGGUCUUCAGCCUCGGCAGGACGAUGUGGAUGCUUCUGGAGCAAGUCGAGCAGUCGGCCGAUCCGACUAUAUGGACUUCCGUGGCGUCAGACAUACCGCGGGAGUGGAAGAACAUGGUGAUGCGGUGCGUCGAGAGGGACCCGAACAACAGGCCAGAGCUGGAUGAGGUCGUCGACUUUUGGCGGAGGCAAUUGUAACAUACCGGUCCCGUGGGGCGAGUGUUUUGUUUUCUUUUUCCUUCUCAACCUUAGUAAACAUGUAUUCUUAGACAAGCAUUACUGCAACAGCGAGUCCAGCGUCCAACUCAAAGUUAAAAAAAAAAGGGAUUAGUGGCCCGUUCAAGACAUCUAAUUCCCAAGCCAACUCUGC